CACGCAGCAUACUCGUAUCUGAAUGUCAAAGUAGAUGUUUGACGUCGAUCUCAUUCUGCAUAAUUUCGCUUUGUUGCAAUAGCAGCCCGCUCUCUCAAUGUCGAACAUUUGAGCAGAAGAAGAUCCGACAGGUAAACAGAUGAAAAAAUAAGUUACAGAUACGAGGAAAACUCGUCGAGCCAGGAUGGCCAUAUACGCGGAGCGCUACCCGAAAUUCGGGUAUAUCUGGCUGCACUUCUAUCCCAGUCAAAUGUCAUGUUCGAGGCACAGGCUCGUCAAUCUGUCAUGCAUGUUCUUUAUUCAGUGUGAGCUUAGCAUUCUGUUUCUGGUGUUAUCUGUUAUGUAACUGGAUGAAGUUGCGACCACUGCUUGUUUGCAGCGUCAAACGCAACCUCAAUGGAAAUCGUUUGCAUCACCGCAAGAAAAAAUGCAUUUCCAUAUAGUCUGUAGCAAUGUGUAGAAGUAGUUAAGUGGCCUCAAGAACAUUUCCUAUCCAUACCCCCGUCUCCUGGUUCGCGAGCAAAACUUCCGUCGAGGAUGUGGUCAGCUCGAUUUGCGCGACCAUCUGCUUCAUCUUCUGUCUCUGCGCGAUCUCCUCCGGCGACGUGCACUUCUUCUGGCCGGCGGCGAUUUUCGUUGCGUUACUGCUGUACGCAAGAGUCUCUAUGAGCAACCGCACAACCGACCAAGCGGCUUUCGGGGAAUUUUAUUGCACCAAGGAGCACCUCGGCUGUCCCGGCGGGAUCACUAGAAAUGCGCUGGACAUCUCCUGGGAGCCGGGGGUUAAGACAGGGGCGAAUGGGGAGCGGCCAUAUCGACACGUUUUUGUGGAGAGGAAUACGAACAGGCAGGUAUACAUUGGUUAAAUGAAGGAAUUGUGUUGCACAACACCAACACGAGAAGUGACUUGCAACCUACAAACAUGAGUAAGUCAAAAAUUAUUCGGUUUCAUUCUGGCCAUAAGAUGUGCGAAAUCGAUCAGGUUUUCCUCCGCGGCAUCAAUGUCGGGGGCGGCAGCAAGCAGCCCUAUGGUGUGUCCAGUGACCAGCCUUUGGAAAACGUGGAGACGGCAGAAGAAACCGCGCCGGAGGUGACAAAAAUAGGCAAACCGGCCGGCAGUGCGACGAGCAGCACCACGGUAUUACAUCGAAAUAACGACAAAAAAGUUCUUGAUAGUCCAACUUCUUCUACUUCUGCAACUUCUAAGAACAAAUCGAAUACGAAUGUAUCAAAAUCAAAUACCAGUACUACUACUACAUCUCCACCUGCAUCUCCUAAGGCUCAAGCUGCAUCAGAUACGAACCUUCGAAGAAGGAAAAAUAAGAAAGGAAAAAACAACAAACAAAAUGCUGUCGAACUGACCACAAAGGAUAUCAACACUUCCAAACAGCCCACAAUCGGAACGGCCGGCACCGCAGCUGCCUUGGCUUCCCCCUCCUCCCCUGCUCGCCCACAAGGAGCCCAAAAUCCAAACAAAAUCUCCUUCGUGAACCGCCCGUUCCCGUUAUCCGAAGCGGACGACCACUUCCGCCGACUCCUCGCCCUGGGCUUCACCUUCUUCCGGCUCUGCAUCACCUGGGAGGCGGUGGAGCCGAACGAGUCGGGGGUUUAUGACGAAGAGUAUUUGGAAUAUUUGGAGAAACUUGUGUCCCGCGCCCGGGAUUUCGGCAUCUCUGUCUUCAUUGACUUCCACCAGGACGUGUGGUCCCGCUACUGCGGCGGCAGCGGCGCGCCGAAGUGGACGCUGGAAGCAGUCGGGCUGGCCCCCGGGAAGUUCAAGGAGUGUCUAGCGGCGGUGCGACACAGCGACUUCGCAAGUAGCAGCUCAUCUUCCUCGUCUUACGAUAAAUUCAGCUCGGGCAGUUGUUCUUCUGCGGACGACUACCCGAAGAUGUGGUGGGCGAAUAACCACAUGCACUUGGCGUGCGCGACGAUGUUCUCAUUAUUUUUCGCCGGGGACGACUUCGCGCCGAAUUUUCGGAUUAACAAAAAAUGCUCCAAAUUGUACGCAAACCGCGGGGAUUUUGACACUUUACAAGUACAUGACGCCGGGUUGGUGGUUGAUGGAGGUCCAGGUCAACUUCCUGCCGGGUCGAAGCAAGAAGGCAGCAAAGCGCCGAGCAAGACGAAUUGCAGCACGGCAACCGGAAACACGGCGAAGACGCCGGAAAGCGCAAGCUCAUCGAAUGCCGGAGGGGGAAGGGCGAAUAACUUGCUGGCAGCCAAACCCACAGACACCGAUGGCAACGACAAUUCCCUCGACCUAAUCGCUAUCGACCUGAACGACGAUGAUGAGGAAGAAGAAGAACAAAUGAGCUCCAAACUGCAACUUGCAGACGCCACGCAGCAGGAAUUAUCCCAACCGCAAAUUCCCCCGACAACCGGUUCUCUCAUGAACACUCAGCAGCCGUUUGAGUACGGGAUUUCUUCCGAGGACAUGCCGUACUACCUCCUGAAGAACGCGAAUGAUGUGGCCUGUUCCCCCCUCUUCAGCUCGCCGGAAUUCGAGAAGCAGAACUUCAUCAGCAUCCAGCAGUUUCUCCAGGACCACUAUCUCGCUUGCGUGGAACUCGUCGCGAAACAGUUGAAGCACUUGGACAACGUGCUGGGGUUCGACACGCUGAAUGAGCCGGAUUACGGGUUUAUCGGGAACAAAUCGCUAGAGUCCUGGCGUGGCCUCGGUGGAAGCCAGGACCCGACGGGGUAUUUACUGUCCCCGGUAGAGGCGAUGGGCCUGGGGUCGGGGUGCUGUUUGGCUGUGGAUUAUUUUGAAGGGUUGUACAAGUGGCGAAAGACAGAGGAAUUCGCGAAUCCGUUUAGGAAGAGUUGCUGGAAGGCGGGAUACGAGUGUAUUUGUUUGUUCGUUUUUUCUUUUCAUUUUGCAUGCACCUACAUGAUCAGCUUAUACUAGGACCUGAAUUUGUGAGAGAGUUUGUUGCUUUGAAACACAUCAAGAAACCCAACCAGGUAUCUGGAAGCAGCACGGGGUGUACGACAUUUGUCCGAGUUCUGGCAAGCCCAUUCUGCACAAGCCCGACUAUUUCGCCCUCAACCCGCGGACCGGUCAGCCGGUUAAAGUGCACGAGGAUUACUUGCUGCCCUUCUGGGAAAAAGUGUCCUCGGUCAUCAAGGACCAGCUGGGCCCGGAAGUGUUCACCUUCUGCUCCCCCUACGCGGGCGCAACGGAUAUGCAGAACCACGCCAUGGCGAUCGAUUUGAACAGCAGUAGUAGUUCUGGUCUUGCCGCUAGCUCCAGUUCGGCCUCCACUCUCCGCAGUUCGAAAUGUGUGUACGCGGCGCACUACUACGAGGGCUGGCAAUUGCUGUUCCACCGGUACCACUCCUGGUUCACAACGCACUUCCAGAACGUGAUGCGCGGCAAGGGAACGAAGUUGUUUUUUGGCACGCCGGAGAUGUGCGCGCGCCGGGUAGGAAAAGACAUCGCCUACGUCGCGGCGAAUGGCCAACAUUUAGGGCCAGCAGUGGUCGGGGAGAUCGGUAUAGGAAUGUCCCUGGGGAUUCUUGUCGCAUGAAACUAAAAAACUGCUUUUUCCAAGGCCUUUGCAAAUCUGGUUGAUGUGAUGUUAUGCAGGAAGAAACCUGUACCGUUUUCUCUCGUGUUAAUAAAUAAUAUCCAGGUAUUUCCAUGGAGAUCGAGGGAGAGGCAAACCGCUCUCGGUGCUACGACCGCAUGAUGCGCGGCCUGGAAUACUCCGGUGUGGCAGGCUACACGCUGUGGCACUACUGCCCCGAGGCAAGUCAGCAGAAAAACGACGGCUGGAACAGAGAGCAUCUUUCUAUCUUCUCGCAAGAUGAGGUAUAGAUCUUGAUUGCAUGAUAUUUGAUGUGCCCCCACGCUUCCGCGGCUAGCAAAAAGCGAUACAGUAACCGAAGAUCCUGUGUAUGUGUUGCAGAGUCAGCACGAAUUGAACCGUCAAUCUAGGUCCUGGCCAACGAGACCGCGUUUGCCGGCGGCCGCGCGCUCCCCGCCAUUAUCCGACCCUCGCCGUUCCUGGUUGCCGGGAGGAUAAGGUACUUCAAGUUCAACGCGUUGUCGAAACGGAGGCAAUUCGAAUUGGAAUACGAAGUAUCAAAUGUCAAAGUGUCUGGGUCUGGAAGAAUGCAAUUUGUCAUGCUAAAUGUGAAGCAUGCAAAAAUCUGUGUUGCAUGAUUACCAAAAGUCGUCCAGUUUUGACCAAGUCGGGAAGCAGUUUCUCAUGCAGGAUAGGCAUGGGAAAGAUCGCACAGAAUCUGUCAUGCUAUGUCCUGCAUUCCAGACGGACCUCAUGGGUGAUGGAAUUUCUGCAUGACAAAUCGCGCACUCUUCCAGACCCAGACACUUUUACAUUUGAUACGAAGAGGUGGACUCGUGCACGACUUCGCAGACCAUUCUGUUCGUGCCUCACUACCAGUACAGCAAGGAAUCGGUCCGGACCCGCUGCAGUGACGGCCAGUUCAUCGAGCGAGACCUGGUGGCGCAGAAGUUCAUCUAUGUACACGAUAGCGGGAUCCCCUGCGACAAAAAUGGGAAGAAGAUCCACAGAAUACAAAUCUGGCACGAACCGGCGUGA